AUGAGUAUUACUGAGAGUGAGGCCAAUUUCAGCUCCCGGGCUGCGAAACUCGGCUUGAAAGCUGAGGUGCUUCAGCUACUUGUUGAUGGUGGCGUCAACACUCUUGCCAAGUUUGCUUAUGUGAGCAGCUUCAUUCCAGGUCAGAGUGAUGAGGGUCCUUUUGUCACCUCCAUAAAGGACUUGUUGAAGAGGGAUGCUACCGUGGGGGAGCUCUCGGUGUUGCGCCGACUGCAUUCUGAGGCCUUUGCUUUGGUCGCGGCCGAGCUUAAAUCUCAGGUUGAGCGCACCACCGAUGCACCAGCGAGGAGUCUUGCCGCUCCCGACCGAGCGGAUCGUCUUGCUCGUCAAGUGAUGCGGUAUCCAGGCUUGACUAUCGCUGGGCCUAAUGAACCGAGUGACAGGUCAGUGGACAAGUGUUGUCAAAUGUAUGAAAACAAUCGCCUUACUUAUCUGCCGCUGAGUUGGUGCAUGAGCAAGGACGAUGAGACUCGGAAUUCCCGGGACAAGGAGGAUCGUACCCUCACAGUUGACAAUAGCGGUAAUGUUCACAUCAAGAACGCCGACAUUCGGGGUGAAGCCGACUUGAGCACUGAUUUGUUACUCAGAUUCGCCCUCACUCGGCGAGGGCUGGCAAUGGAACAGGCCGGACUGCUGUGCUUUAAAGAACAUGAGAAAUGGGCUGAGCGCCUUUUGCACUCCAGGUAUCGUGAGGUGCCCUCGGGAUACAUUCGAGUCAGCAUACAGCAGUUGCUUCAAGCUGACAAGCAAUUGUUUGUCACCGCUGCUAAUGAAUGCCGCAGUGGAGUGCAAGUCACGGAGACCGGUCGUCCAUUGGACGAGGCGUGGAUGCGUUGCGCCGAUUUGACCGAGGUGUCUCAUCUGCUGGCUCCUCUCGCGUCGCCUCCUCCCGCUAAGAUUCCCUUUGAGAGACCCACUCCGUAUGGCCGGGCCCAGGCUCCUGCUCACAAACUUGCACGCGUUUCACUUCAAACCAAUCUUCAGACUGAUGAGGUCAAGGCCGUCGAUGAAAUUGAGUCGAUCAGUAGUGCCAGUCUUGAUCACGAAUUCAAGGGUUCGGUCGAGGAUCGAGCUCUAACCCUGCUGAACAGUGCUGAUUUUGUCUCCCCCACUGACUUACUUGAGAUCUUCCAAUCGCUCCCCACGGAAGCUUCUGUCCGAGGCGACCCGACGCAAGGAGUAUCUUUCUCCACAGGUGCCUAUUGCAGAGUCAAGGUUGGGUUGCGACACAAUGUUUCUCUUUUCCCGAACGUGACCAAGUUGACCGCACGCUUUGUGCGUCAGCAGCUGCCCAGCUUAAAGUUCACGAGCUUAGCAUUCUUUCACAACGUCCGAACCACACCUCAUGUGGAUGCGCAUAAUUCUUCUUUGCCCAAUGCUGUGUUCGCACUGUCUGAUUGCGAUCAGGGACAGGUGUGGGUUGAGAGACCAGGCGGCCAAGCUUGGUGCGAGGUGGAUGGCGAACUCCGCAGUGGCGUCGAACUUAGCUUGGAUGGCAAUCAUGCCGUCUUCACCGCUCGCCGGUUGACUCACGCCACCAGAGCUUGGUCGGGUGAUAGGGUGGUUUUAGUUGCUUUUUCAGUCUCCGCCAUUGAUCACCUCAGUGCGACUGAUAGUGCUACAUUGACCGAGUUGGAAUUUCAGCUUCCGCUGCAAGCCGACAUUCUUGAUGCCGAACAGUCGCCACCGGUGUGCUAUGAAGCGCCGGUCGUUACCAAGGGGUGUGCUACUGAUGAGUUUCCGAAACCACUCGUCGUCGAACAGCCAAUUGCUCUCCCGCGUCCUGUUUCCUCCAAGUCAGGUUUAGCCCCCCUAGCCGAUUCCGGAAAGUCUACUGGUCAGGUUCAGGCCAAGCUGGGUGACCAGCCGGGUAUUGUGCUUGAGCUGUUUGCACGUGCAGGCUCUCUGUCCCGAGCCUUUCAUCAAAUUGGUUUUGAGGUCAUGCCCAUAGAUAGGGGAAGUCACCGGCUUCCGUUGGCUAAGCUGUGCUCAUUGGAUCUUGCCUUGCCGAGCUCGUGGCAGUAUCUCGCGCAUGUGCUUGACAACUAUCAUGUUCGGUACGUGCAUAUUGAGUUGCCCUAUGCCACUUAUGGACCUAAGCAGGGCCUCCGCCGACUGUCCCAUGGAUCUGUCGUUCCUGAGGGCGGUGCCGACGCCUCUCGGGUUCAAAGGCUCGCCUUAGCCGAUUCCUUGUUGGAACAUGUCAUCACCUUCUUGCAACGAGUUCACCAAAUGGGCAUAGCCUGGACCCUCGAGCAUCCGCAUUCCAGCCUCCUGUGGCAUAUGCCUGCUGUGCGCCAGCUCGCCAACACCACUACUGUUGUGUACGAUUUGUGUGCCUUCGAUUCUCCGCAUCGCUUGCGGAGGCAACUGCUGACGUCUUGUAGUGCACUCAAGUGUUUACAGCGGGUGUGCCAGGGUAAUCACAGUCACACGCCUGUGACUGGCGGUGUUGAUACCCAUCCCAGGCUUUUCUGUCAGCAGCUUGCCCAUGCUGUGGCCAAACACUGUGGCGUUGACCCUCUUUCUUCUCCGCUGCAUCCCAGCCCUCCGCCUGUCACACAACAGCGUCGAGGUAAAAUUGGUGCGAGCCUCAUCAGAGAGUUUGGUCGCGUCUGCAGCUGUCGAGUGCCACAGAUUCCGCCUGUGGAUCAUAAAAAUUGUUUGCAGCACGCUAUCGAUGACAUCCCCGCCGGAUCCAAGCUUCUCGCCACUGAGGAUGCGGGGGAGUCGGGUGGCUUCGAACUUAGUGUUGGUGUGUAUGCAACACCGGAUGAGUUUCUGGAGGAGGCCAAAGGAUUGCGGCAUCCCUUUGAGACGUUUGCUGUCAUCCCCGACGAGGUCGCCGAAGGGUUCUUGGAAGGACCGCUUACCGAAGAAGAGCUUACGAGACGGUACGGUGACGCAUGGGCCCCUGUGCGCCGGUUCGCCGUGAUUCAGUCUUCUGGAGGCAAGCGCAAAUUGAGACCGAUUGACGACUACUCUGAGAAUCUAGUUAACGGGUCUUUUUCUUAUGGGGAUAAGUUGGAUCUAAGGGCACUCGACGAGAUCAUUGCAAUAUGUCGGUUCUGGAUCCGAGCUCACACGACAGAUCAUCAAUUCUUCUUGGACAUGACCAGCGGACCACCGUUGGUUGGUCGAGUGCACCCUGCUUGGGCGGGUUCGUCUUGGUGUCCUCAGCUGUGCACUUUUGAUUUGAAGAAUGCUUAUCGCCAAUUUGCGUUGAACCCGAACCAUCGUGCUUUCUCAGUCGUUGCCCUUCUCAAUCCGGAUACGGGCGACCUGGGAUUGUUUGAGGGCAAGGCAUUGCCUUUCGGAAGCACAUCAUCCGUGCUCCACUUUAACAGGUUGUCGAGGUUGCUGUGGCGGAUAGGAUUGGAGGUCUUCUUGUUCUGGGCCAACUUCGUUGACGAUUAUCCAGUGAUGAGCCCUUGCUGCCUUUCAAGGUCCACCAUGGACACUUUGCUCGUUUUGUCCUCGGUGCUUGGCUUUUCUGCAUCCCUUGACAAACUGAGCCCAUUUGCAGACGUCGCGUCCAUGCUAGGGGUUGAGAUUGACGUGAAAGGAGCCAGGGAAGGUGUCAUUCGGAUCAGGAACAAGGAAGGCCGAUCCAGUGAGGUGUGUGAUGCCAUCCGUGAGUGUAUUGGUGAAGGCUGCAUCAAGAUGCGUACUUUUGCCAAGGUUGCAGGUCGUGUGCAGUUUUCCGAUGCACAGGUCAUGGGUCGAACCGGCAAGCUCGCAUUGGCGGAGCUGAGAGCCGCUUCCACACGCCACGCCUCCCGGUUUGUUUUGGGUUCCCGCGAGAUCGAGGCUUUCGAGUUUCUCAUUGACCGCCUUUCUUUCGGUUCCCCUAGGGUAGUCCCUUGUGUGGUUGCCCCUAAGCCUGUUCUGAUCUUCACGGACGGAGCGAGCGAACAGUCUGGCAAUACCGUUGGAGGUAUCCUUUACUCUCCUUCUGAUGCGCGGCCCCGAUUCUUCUCUUGCGAGGUUCCUUGUACCUUGACGAACAGGUGGAGGCAGCAUCUGAAACACAUUAUCGGACCCGUUGAAGCGUACGCUGUCGCCGUGGCACGCAAGGCUUUCCACCAGUACAUGUCUGGACAGUAUUGCCUUUUCUUCAUAGAUAACGACGCUGUCCUUCUCAGCUAUGUGCGAGGAACAUCUAACAGUGAUCACUUUCGAGAGCUGCUUCUCACAUGGGAAUCCUGUGAGAAACAUGGCCUCUCGGAAGCUCUCAUCAAGGUGGCAACCGAUGCGGGGUGGACUCUGUCCACCUUCCGCCAUGCGGCGGAUUCCCCAGCUGAUCUUGAGAAAGUGAUUCCAGACAUAUUUGGAUCUUCAGAGCUUUCCCGUCUUCAGAUUGCGCAAGUUCGAGCAGCGUGGGCUGGGUUGUCGAGCAGCGCAUCUUCGGCCCCGCCUGCAGUUCCCACAUCAGCUUCAGAGACUAGUUCUUGGGUAGAAACCUUCGCGCCAAAAAUCACAGCUUUGAAGCUUACGGAGUACAAGAAAGCCUUUCUUGCUGCAUACACGAGCGAGAUAUUGUCUCCAUGCUCAAUGCCUUCGCUUCGUCUGGUAUCUCUAGCUGCUCAUCAAGAAAGUAAGAAAGACUACAAGUGGAUUCCCUGGAAGCAUCGCAUGUCAGAAGAGAAAGCGGCCGAGCUUCAAUUGAGUAGGCCAGCCAAACAGCCGCGUUUGGAAGCGCUCGGCAUUUCCAGUUUGCUUCUUGAUGAGCCUCCCACGUUGGAGGUGGGCGAUAACUUCAUGGGGGUCAGUGCAGUGCAAAGGAUCUUAGCAAUCCACGAUGUUGCACUGGCCAUGGUAGGCUCUUGUCACCUGGCUCGCCUGAAAGCUUAUAGUAGCAAGUUCAUACAUCUUUUGUCUCAGCGCCACGAAGCUUCAUCAGGCUUGCGAGCUCCCACAAUUCUAGAGGCCCAGCUGGCUGAUUGCAAAUUGUGGCAGGGGAUUUACGCUCUGGUUCUUGAGAAGGAUUGGAACUUGAACGAUGCAAUCUUCGAGUAUACCGAAAUCAGGGGUGACAUGUCAAAUUUGCUUCAGGCAAGGGCUAGGCCCCCUCCGCCCCUGCGCUUCAAUGAGAAAGGCAUCAAGGGCAAAGGGCUUGGUCGCUUCAUGUCGGAACAUUGGAAGGGCUACAGCUUUGAAGGCAAAGGCAAAAGCCCCGGCAAGGAAAAAGGUCAAUGGCGAGACCAAACAAUUGUGCAUGCAGUGGCAAUCCGGGAAAUGCAGCAGGGGACCCGCUACGUGUUCAUGCGACACCUGCGAGUUCUCGACCUGCUUUUGCUUCCCCGUGCAGGGUGCUUCUUGCAGGGAAUCUUUUCCUGGCGUGGUGCCCGGGUCGGGCAUAGCAUCGGAGCAUGUGGGCCACCUUUCCCGCUUCGCACACCGGAAUACCUGGAUGGGGUGGACACGGUCAUGUUGAACAACCUCCAGGAGCAAUGUCCUGGGAAGAAAGUUGCCUACAGUCCUGGAUUCAUGAAUGCUCAGCCUCUCUGGUCUGGGUGGCUGCGUGCGGCUAUGGCCUGCCUUGGGCAAAAUCCUGGUUGUUUUCUUCCAGCUAUGCGCCAUUACGGAACAUGGGCUGUGUUUGCGAGCGUGGGCGUGAUUCACAUCAAGUCAUGCGCGGCCCUCACACUGGUGCCACGUAAGCCCAUGGAUCAGCUACCAUAUGCAGUUCAUGAUGGGGCGGGUCGUCAUUCGCACGCUGAUUGGAGCGCUCCCCGCACGCCAGAUCUGUUGCGUAACUUGCGCUCUUUCUUGCUUAAGGCCACUGCAUCCAUGAACGGCCCCUCCCGCCUGCUUCAGCGUCGCUAUGAGCCCAGCAAAGAACCGCUUUUCUCAGCUUCAGAGGUUGCUUCGGUUAGGGCAGGGUUCUUCUCGGCAUUAGGCGUUGCGGCUCCGGCCGAUGCUUGGUUACAGCGGGAACAUCAGCCUCUCUGUUUGAAUGCCUUGGAAGCUGUUGCUCAAACAUGCUGCGACGCUGAUACAACUUUGUUCCCAGAGUUGAAAGCAGGCGUUCCAACAGGCUUUCAGUCGGAUAUCCCGCCUUCACACAAUUUUUGGCCUAACACUCGUGAAUCUUUAGAUGACAUACCACUUUCGAUUCACUUGCAGAAUUGGCGCUCGGCUACAGUGGAUCCCUCUGUUACUCGCAGACUGCUUCAAGAAGAACUCGAUCAAGGUUUUUGCUUCAAAUUCAACGGAUCGUUGGCCGAUGCCCAGCGACGCUGGCCCCUAGGGGUUGCGCUUGGCAAACUUUCGGUUGUUAGGGCUCCUGGUAGAUCAGAAAGGCUUUGUCUUGAUAAUUCGGUUUGUGGCACAAACGCGAAUUGCACCGUGCCUGAGAAGCAGCACAUGCCUUCAGCUCGAGACGUCUUGCAUUCCUAUCCCCUGCGUGAAUGCUCGCAGAUUCAGGGGGCACUUUCGAUUGACAUCAAAAGCGCUCAUAAGCGCUGCGUUGUCAAAGAUGCGGAACAAGGACUGCUUGGGUUCACAUGUGAGGAACCAGACGGGUCAAAUGCCCUCUAUUUCUAUCGCACAUGCCCAUUCGGAGCCACGUUUGCCCAGCACUGGUGGGGGCGACUCGGCUCAUGCAUAUUUCGCAUUCUUCAUAUUCUCAUCUACAUAGCCCACACAGGCCAUUUGUUUGUAGAUGACUAUCUCUUUUCUCAGGCGAUGUCCAUUCUUCCAGCAACGAGUGCCAUGAUUUGCAUGUUCAUGCAGAUCAUGGGUGUGCCUCUUUCCUGGCACAAACUGCAGAUUUCUGUUCGGGUCACUUGGAUAGGUUGGGACUUUCAGUACUCUGCCGGUAUUGUGUUGCUUAAAGAAUCAAAACGCUUGAAACUGCUGGGCAUGGUGCAAGAUUUGCGUAAAAACCCUCGCUUGACGAAAAAGGAUUUGGAACGCUUCAUUGGCUUAGCGCUGUGGGCUACAAGCCUUUUUCCGGUCAUGAAGAGCAUGCUGCAUACUUUUUAUCACGAUCUCUACAGCCCAGCUGCUACGAACUACAGCAUUCCGCCAGAGCGCUGGCAUGAAAUCGCUAGAUACUUGUCGCCGGAGACCAGCCCGAAGAAAGCAGCAUGCCUAGAAUGUGACAGGAGAGGGCCUGAGGGCGUAAAACGGUUGGGAUUCAGGCUGGUGUGA